AUGAUUUUUAUUGCAUAAGGAGUAGGACAUCAAUAGUUAAACUAAUGUCCUAAACCUGAUUAAAAAGUAUUUUAAUAUUUGGGAGAAACACUUAACGGGAAGCCUCAUGGAUAGGGGACAAUGUUUUACAUUAUUGGAGGAAAAGCAUACGAUGGAAAUUAUUCUAGUGGUUUAUUUGAAGGGAGAGGAAUACUAUACUAUCUAAAUUAGUAAAAAGCAUUUGAUGGAAUAUUUCAAAAAGGUUAGAAGUUUAGGGGUAUAGAACAUUACAUGCACGGAUCUAUUAGUUAUGAAGGAGAAUUCUAGCAUGGUAAAAGGGAUGGAUAUGGCUGUAGUUACUUCCCAAAUGGGCAUAAAAAUUAUGAGGGCUAAUGGUAAGCUGGAUUUUAUCACGGUAUAGGAACUAUCUAUGAUAGAGAUUCUUUAAUAUCAUAUUAGGGAGGUCUGAACAAAAACCUUAAAGAUUAGUUUGGGAGUUAAUCUAUUGAUGAAGAUAUUAGCUACUCUGGGUAUUUUAGCUAAGGCAAAAAAGAGGGAUCAUUUUACAUGAUAUCUUUGAAUAGAAAUAUAGCUUGCAGAAGAUUUUUUAAGGAUGAUCAGCCUUUUUAUAAGCACAGAAAAUGA